AUGGUCCUGAAGAAGGCCAAGACCAACCUCGGCAAGCGCGCGUUGAUGAAAAAAGCUCCAAAGCUCGUGGAGACCGAGGGCAAGAUGUGUGUCAUGCUCCACGGCGGCAAGAGCAGCCAGGUUCUGAAGAACCUCAUCACCGAUCUUUCAGUGCUCAAGAAGGGCGAGUGCCACAAGAUGACCCGCAAGAACGACGGCAUCCGACCAUUCGAGGGCGGCGGCGAGACAUCCCUUGAGUUUUUCGCGCAGAAGGCUGAUGCGGGCGCGUUCGUGCUCGGCACCCACCAAAAGAAGCGCCCCGACUGCCUUACCGUGGGCCGGUUCUUCGACUACCAUCUGUUCGACAUGGUUGAGCUGCUCGUGAGGAACUACAAGCCCAUGGACUCGUUCGGUUCCGUCGGCAACGGCGCGGUGCUGGGCUCCAAGCCGUGCAUGGUGUUCCUGGGCGACAGGUUUGAGACAGAGCCCGCGCUGAGGAUGGCAAAGAACGUCCUGAUGGACAUCUUCAGGGGCAAGCCCGCGACCCGGAUUAACCUCAAGGGCGUGGACAGGGUGAUCAUCUGCACCGCGCUGGAGGAGGCGGUCAUGUUCCGCCAGUGUGUCAUCAGGUACAAGAAGAGCGGCACGCGGCUGCCAAAGGUAGAGCUGGAGGAGAUGGGCCCAUCCUUCGAUUUCGUCGUGGGCAGGCACCAGGAGCCACCGCCGGACGUCAAGAAGCAGGCGUACGCCAAGGCGAAGAUCGGGAAGAAGGUCAAGAACGUGGAGCACGACUCGCUUGAGGGCAAGGUUGGCCGCAUCUACGUGGAGAAGCAGACAGGCUUGGAGGAGUUGGCCAUGAUGAAAAUGAAGGGGCUGAAGAGGGAGAGGAGACAGGCG